AGCGACGUUUAUUUAACUAAAACCAAACCUCCUUUGACUCUAAAAAAAAUACUAACAACUUUUGAAGAGCGUUUAUUUCUCCAACGGUGAUCGCGAUGUGCAUGCUCGUGCUCCUCGCCAGUCGCCACCGGAUCCAGAUGAACAUAUACCACAUCAAUCUCCUUCUUCUUGUUGACAAUUAAAAGUUGUGCAUCCAACGCGUUCAUCGCCGGAAGUGACAAGGUACAAUAGCGCAGCAUCGAUCAAUGGCCAGGCGAUGCCUCGUCACGUCGUCGGACACCGCGGCGCCGCCGCCACCUGCGGCGGCCGGCGCCGCGGCUACUCAGGCGCCGCAUUUGCCGCGGCGGGGCCUGCACGGGCCGGCCGCCAUGAAGGUGGCCAUCGCCGGCAACGUCGUGGUGGCGGUGCUCUUCGUCGCCGUCAUCGUCUGGCGGCUCUUCUUCUUCGGGGGUAGAGAUCGAGCCGGCGGCGCGGCGGCCUCCGCCGCCGCCGAUGCGGACGGAGAGUCGUCCUCCGCCGGGAGCUCGCCGUGCGCGUCGCCUCGGGCGGGCGGCGGCCUGGGGAGAGAGGACCUCAUGGCGCUGCCGGUGUACGUGCACGGCGCGUCGGCGGCGGCGGACGGCGGCGCCAAGGCGGAGGAGUGCGCGGUGUGCAUAGGCGAGCUCAGGGACGGCGACACCGGCCGUCUCCUGCCCAGGUGCGGGCACCGCUUCCACGCCGAGUGCGUCGACAAGUGGUUCCGGUCGCACGCCACAUGCCCGCUCUGCCGCGCCGCCGUCGCCGCCGCGGACGGCGACUCCGGCGGCGAGGGCGACACCAAGGUAGCGGUUGUGCAGCAAGACGUGUAGUAAUUAAUAAUUAGUGAAGAAUGUGAGAUGAACACAUGUACAUGAUGCACUAGCCAAUAGUGUUCAAGAACUGCAUGCAUGCAUAUGCUUGUUGGAAAUGCUACUCAAUUCAUCUUUCGAUGUGAUGGGGGAAAAAUCACAUGGUCUAUAUCUCUU